AUGGCGGGAAGUUCAGAACUUGCGGUGCUUAGCGUAUCAAACAAGCAAGGUCUGACGACCUUUGCCAAACAGUUUCAUGAUAUUGGCUUCCAACUGGUGGCAUCUGGAGGAACUGCUCGUGCUAUUAGAGAAACUGGAUUCUCUGUUAAGAAUGUUUAAGAAAUUACGGGCGCCGCAGAAAUGUUGGGAGGGCGUGUGAAGACCUUGCAUCCCGCUGUGCAUGCUGGCAUUUUAGCCAGGAACACAGAUGCUGAUAAGACUGACAUGGAGAAGCAAAACUAUCAACUCAUCAGGCUGGUCGUCUGCAACCUGUAUCCGUUCGUGAAAACUGUCUCGUCGUCAUCGGUUACCGUUGCCGGGGCCGUCGAGGAUAUCGACAUCGGGGGCGUGACGCUGCUGAGGGCGGGGGCAAAGAACCACGAUCGCGUCACGGUGGUCUGUGACCCUGCCGACUAUACCAGCAUUGCCAAGGAGAUGGCCGAAUCCGAUCUGCACGACACGACACUUGAAACAAGGAAGAAGCUGGCGCUAAAGGCCUUCAGCCACACGGCGGAGUACGAUGCGGCCAUCUCGGACUACUUCCGUCGCGAGUACAGCCGCGAUGUCUCUCAGCUGCCGCUGCGUUACGGCAUGAACCCCCACCAGGUGCCAGCACAGGUCUACACCACCGCGCCACGUCUACCCCUCACAGGUGAUUAG